UUCUUUUUCCUCUCUUGUCCCUUUCUCUGCUCAGCUGACAUGGAGAAGCUCAUCCACUUCAUCUUCUGGGUUUUCUGCUCAGCAUCCUGUGCUGCAGAGAACAUCACUGUGGUGUAUGGGAUGGAGGGGGGCAGCAUCUCUGUCAACUGCACCUAUGACCCCUGGCAGCAGAGGUGGAGGGAGAAGAGUUGGUGCAGGCAGCUGGAGGAGAAGAGAUGUGACCCUGUGGUGAGUGCCCGACCUUUCUGGCUGCCCUUCCCCAGGAAAAGGAAUGGCACCACCUCCAUCAGGGAUAAUAUCCACCAAGGGGUCCUGACAGUCACCAUGGAGCAGCUGAAGAAGCAGGAUGCUGGGUUGUACCAGUGCAAAUCCAGCUCCCUGGGGGAAACAAGAAGCUUAAGGAAGGUGCAAGUGGAAGUGCUGACAGCUGUCCUGGAGACCCAAAUGCCAGAGGAGCCCAGUGCUGUGCAGGGCACCUCCAGCAUCUCUUCUGCAGGCAGUUUCAGUGCCUUCUCCAUCAUUGCUGUGUUCCUGGCUGUCAAGUUCAUGGUGGCUCUGCUGAUUUUCAUCACUGUGCUGAGCCUGAGCAUCUGCAACAGUUGGAAGAAGAGAGAAACUGAGCAGGAGGAGCCAAGCUGGGAUGAGCAGCAGGUCCUUCCUCUUGAUGCUGCACGGGAUGGAAUCAGCCCCUCCUGGGGAAGCACAGCUUAGAGCCAACCCUAAGGGAAUCCUCCUCCCCUCCCCAGAAAUGAACACUCAAUUUGUACACCAAGCUUUGCCACCUGCCAUACAAAAGAAAAAAAAAAGAUUGCUAAGUGUCAAUAGGCAUCAAUGAACCCAUCCCUCUGGAGCAGGGAUGUCACCAUCUCUUUCCCAACACUUGGACCAGCUUUUCCCACCACAACUGAACUCCAAAGAUGCUGCCAGUGCUUGAUCCUAAUGGAAGAAGAACCAGGGGAAAGGGAGGAAUAUGAAGUCCUUCUGGCAAGACUUCCAGCACAGACUCCUCAGCGUGCAGAGAUGCUUCCCCAGGGAUUUCAGCAGUGAAAGAGCUCUGCUCAGUUUUCCCCCAGCCAGAAAAACCUUUGCUGCUCUACACAGCUCCUGCCAAAGGCUUUGAUAGAAAUGAAACCAGAGGCACAGCAGUUAAGAUAAACAGAAGUUCAAGGAAGACAUCCCAAUGCCCUUGUGCUGAGCAAUAACAUCUCAAUGGAAAGCUGGGAGGACGUGGGUCUGCCUUACAUCUCCAAGAAACUUCUCCUGAAUCAGUGAAAAUCAGUG